GCAGAUCGCGCUCUGCCGGGUUUGGGCCCAGCCGCUCGCCGUACGCCGUCGCCGCCCCGCGCGCAUGCGGGACAGCGGGGCCGCAGAGGGUGCCCUGCCGGCGGUGCGGAAGGACGUUGGUGCGCCAGCGCUGAGGAAAUACAAUCACCAUGUCGUCUGCACUGUUACCUAAGCCACAGAUGCGGCGCCUUCUGGCCAGGCGGAUGAAGCUUCACCUAUUUGGGGCAUUUUUUGUAUCUUUGGGAUGUGCGGCUUUAUACAAGUUUGGAGUUGCUGAGCCCAGAAAACGAGCUUAUGCAGAGUUCUACAAAAACUAUGAUCCCAUGAAGGACUUUGAAGCCAUGAGAAAAGCCGGUGUGUUUGAGUCUGCACCACCCAAAUGAUGGCAUCCUGAUUUACAGGUAGUAAGCUACUCUGCAGUAGAACAAGAAUAAAUUAGGUUCAGUGAAAC